UUCUCCGCCCUAAUUCAUUUCCGCAUAUUCAACAACCCUAAAAAUGUCGUCGACAGCAAGAUCUUCCCCCGCCUUGAACGGCGACCAGCCACCGCGUAAGAAGAUGGCGAUACAGUGUCCGGAGAUCUCCAUUUUCUGCCUUCCUUUGGAUUUGAUAUUGAAUAUCAUAUCGCGCAUCUCCAAAAUGUACUAUCCGACUCUCUCUCUCGUCUCCAAAAAAAUCAGAUCUGUCGUUGACUCACCGGAGCUUUACAAGACCCGUUCUCGGUUACACCGCACGGAGAGUUGCCUCUAUGUGUGCUUACGCUACCACCUAGAUGACUCUCUUGACCCUAACCCUUACUGGUUCGCUCUCUGCAGGAAACCAAACCGAACCAUAACCGACCAGUCAAGUGGCCUUCUUCUCAUCCCAAUCACAUCUCCCGAUGUGCGUCAUGAGCCAUCUUCGAGCGUAGUAGCCGUUGGGUCUAACAUUUACAAGAUGGGUGGGCAUACGCCCUCUUCGUCCGAAGUCUCGGUGCUUGACUGUCGGUUCAACACGUGGCACAGUGCUCCAGUGAUGCGAGAGAAGAGGAGCUCCCCUGCUGCGAGCUUAGUAGAUGGGAAGAUAUAUGUAGCGGGAGGUUGUGAAGACCUUAAUUCCGUGAACUGUGUCGAAGUCUUUGAUCCGAAGACUCAAACUUGGGGAAGUGUGUCGAACCCAGGCGUCAAGACACAACUCCAUAGAGCUGAACUCAAAAGCUUUGGACUUGGAGGAAAAUUGUACCUCCUUGGCGGUGAUGAGGAUACGGUUUACGAUCCCAAGGAAGCUAGUUGGAACCCGAUUGGAUUGGGUAUGCAUAUGGCUAUGGGUAUGGCUAUGGGUAUGGAAAUGUAUGAGGCUAUGGAUAUGGAAAUGGAUAUGAAUGGUGUGGCUUCUGCAGUGUCCUAUUAUCACGGCGUCAUAGGAGACGUCUUGUUUCUUUGGAAUGAAAGAGAGUUUAGAUGGUAUGACUCUAAGGCAAGUUCAUGGAAGAAGUUGUAUGGUGUUGAAGAUCAUUUGCCUGAUUUUGACGGGGAUUUUAAAAUGGUGGAUGUUGAUGGAAAGAUGGUUGUCUUGUGGAAGGUUUUCGGGCGUCGUGAUAAACAUAUGGGAGAGAGAUCUAUUUGGUGUGCUGAGAUUGCGCUUGAGAGGCGAGAUGGAGAUGAGAUGUGGGGGAAUGUCGAGUGGUUUGAUGUCGUGCUCACAACCCACGAGCCAUGUUGCUUGUUAGAUGCGGAUGUUCUUUCUGCUACUGUUUGAUAUGAACCCAGAUGAGAACAUGCUUGGACGUACGGUGAUGGAAGAAUGAAGAAUCAUUCACUAGUUUCGUUUUGUUUUUGAAUAUUUGGUUUCUUCAGGUAUCUCCCCUUUGGUUGAUAUUCGACUCUAAAUGAAUAAUUGUUUCAUGUUUUUAGCAGAAUACGAUUUUGCAUUUGUUUCACAUGUUAUGUGUUGCUGAUUUAGCUUUGCU